GGCUAACAAUAAAAGACUGAAAAAUAUAAGCCCCAAAGUGGAAGCUUGGCCCAUAUAUUGCCGGCCCAUGUGGUCAGUUGUUCGUCGUGAUACAGAAACAAUGGAGCAAAUUUCUUAAAAUCAAUUUCAGAAAUAGGGUUCAGGGUUUAAGUAAAUCUCACCAAAAACUGGAAAAAAAAUUGUAAUCUUUAUUCACACGGUACGAAAAAUCAUCUUCUCUGUAAAUUCUUUGUUAUGCUAAUUAAUACAUCUCCAUUUAUUAAAUCAACGUUUGGGAAAUGAUAAUCCGCACCCUUUUACUCUCGAAAAAUCUCAGAAAUUCAAAAAUAAUAUUCUGUCCAAACAGCGUAGUAGAGUUGAAAUCUCUGCUCUCAUCGGGUGUUUUCGGUAAAACCGCCGUCUUUUCCGCGUCCGGUGAUCGUGGUUUCAUCAGAGAAUAUUGCUCCGGCGAGCACGGUAAGGGAAACCCUCGCGAAUGGACCGAAGAAAUAGACUACUUGGACGAAUCCGGCUCCGUGAUUUACUCCGGCAAGGGAAUAAGAUCGGUCGAGCCGGGAAUCGACGACCAUGUAAUGGUGGGCGGGUUGCGAAAGCCGAUUCUGAACAUUUCAGCUGUGGCUAAGAUAGUUGAGGUUGUGAAGAGGUGGAAGUGGGGCCCGGAUAUGGAGACUCAAUUGGAUAAACUGCAGUUCACGCCGAACAUGACUCACAUUGUGCAGGCGUUGAAGAUAAUCGAAGAUAGCGAUGCUUUGUUGAGUUUGUUUCGGUGGGCCAAGAGGCAGCCUUGGUACCUACCCAAUGAUGAUUGUUAUGUGAUGUUGUUUGAUAAAUUGAAUCUAAGUCGAGAAUUCGAUGGAAUUCAGACAGUUUUCGAGGAAAUGGUUUCUGAUUCGAGCGUAAAUGGAAUGUCCUCAUUCGGCGCGUAUAACAGGGUGCUUCAGUAUUUGGCCAAGGCCGAAAAAUUGGAGGUGACUUUCUGUUGUUUCAAGAAAAUCCAGGAGUUAGAUUGCGAGCUCGAUACGAAAACGUACAAUUCGCUUAUAACUCUGUUUCUGACUAAAGGGCUGCCUUAUAAAGCAUUUGAGAUUUACGAGAACAUGGUGAAAGACGGGUGCUCGUUAGACGCUUCGACUUACGAUAUGAUGAUACCUAGUCUCGCUAAAUCCGGUCGACUGGAUGUUGCUUUUAAGCUCUUUCAGGAGAUGAAGGAAAAGAAUUAUCGGCCGAGUUCCGGGAUUUUCGUCUCUCUCGUUGAUACGAUGGGGAAGGCUGGGAGAUUAGAUACGGCCAUGAAAGUAUACAUGGAAAUGCAAGGUUUCGGUUUGAGGCCAUCUGGCGCCAUGUUUGCUUCUCUAAUCGAAUCGUUUGUUAAAGCUGGAAAACUUGAUACGGCUCUCAGGCUAUGGGAUGACAUGAAGAAAGCUGGUUUUAGACCUAAUUACGGCCUGUACACUAUAAUAGUCGAGGCUCAUGCAAAAUCUGGGAAGCUAGAUAUUGCAAUGUCGAUUUUUUCGGAUAUGGAAAAGGCUGGAUUUUUACCAACUCCGUCGACUUACUCGUCUCUAUUGGAAAUGCAAGCUGCUUCUGGACAGGUGGACAAUGCUAUGAAACUGUACAACUCCAUGGCGAAUGCUGGCCUAAGACCUGGCUUGAGCACUUACACCUCUCUUCUGACUCUUCUCGCGAAAAAGAAGCUUGUGGAUGUGGCUGCGAAAAUCUUGCUCGAGAUGAAAUCGAUGGGUUAUUCGGUUGAAGUGAACGCUAGUGAUGUGCUCAUGGUUUACAUAAAAGAUGGCUCGAUCGAUCUCGCUUUGAGGUGGCUGAGAUUCAUGGGCUCGUCUGGAAUUCGGACAAACAACUUCAUCAUCAGACAGCUGUUCGAGUCGUCCAUGAAGAACGGCCUGUACGAGUCAGCCAAGCCACUUCUGGAAACGUACGUGAAUGCUGCCGCAAGAGUUGACCUCAUACUCUACACUUCGAUUCUAGCCCAUCUAGUGAGAUGCCAGGACGAAGUCAACGAGAGGCAUUUGAUGUCGAUCUUGAGUUCCACAAACCACAAAGCUCACGCUUUCUUGUGCGGGCUUUUCACCGGGCCCGAGCAGAGGAAGCAGCCUGUUUUGACUUUCGUGAGGGAGUUCUUCCAAGGGAUUGACUACGAAUUGGAGGAAGGUGCUGCUAAGUACUUUGUCAACGUCCUCCUUAACUACCUUGUCCUAAUGGGACAGAUAAACCGCGCUCGGUGCGUCUGGAAAGUUGCGUACGAGAACAAGCUAUUCCCUAAGGCGAUUGUGUUCGACCAGCACAUAGCAUGGUCACUCGACGUGAGGAACUUGUCUGUCGGAGCUGCUCUCAUAGCGGUUGUGCACACGCUGCAUAGAUUCAGAAAACGGAUGCUGUAUUACGGUGUUGUACCGAGGAGGAUCAAAUUGGUCACGGGUCCCACCUUGAGGAUUGUGAUAGCUCAAACGCUGAGCUCGAUGGAGUCUCCGUUUGAGGUUAGUAAGGUGGUUUUGCGAGCCCCGGGGGAUUCCGUGCUGGAGUGGUUUAAGAAACCGAUUGUGCAACAGUUCCUUUUGAACGAGAUUCCUUCGAGAUCGGAGAUUCUGAUGCAUAAGCUGAAUACGCUUUUUCCUAGUUCGGCGCCUGAAAUUAGAUCUUUGUCACCUCCUAAACCAUUGCUUCCUGGAAGGGGAAUGUAGUUAUGAAAAAGAUCGCGAGGUAAUUGCGGUUUAAUGAAUUUAUUUAUCCAAAUCUUGAUCUCUUUUAUAUAUGCUUUUGCAGAAGUAUUUUGAUUUUUUUUAAUCUCAUGUAUUACCAGCUGGUUAAACACUCUUUGGCAUUCAACACUGUUGUAUUAUAAUAGAUGACCAAAUUGUUUUGUAGUCA